CUGGCUAGCUCACUGUGUUUGCGUUUGAAUAUCAUCACCGAACUUUCCAUCAAACGUAGCGCGGGGGGUGUGUUGGUUGGACUGGUAUUACUCACAGCUUCAGCCUCUCCCCAUUUGACAGGUAGACGAACGAACGAACGAGUGAACGAGCGAGCAAACGGAACUGAGGCCGAGGUUCUCUUGUCACGCCAACGACAGCCAUCGGAUCAUAUUUAUUCAUCUUUGGUUGCUGGAUCGAGUCGAGGCGACUACGCACAUACACAACCACACCCGAACAAUAUACCUCGACCCCGACCUCAACCUCGACAUAAGCACAACCCACAACUACCACACUUUCCACGCCCCCAAACAAGUCACCCCGGGAAGAAACGGAAAGGAACCAGGACAAUGCUCCUACCCACCCCACGUAUUCUUAUCGUGGUUGUGGUUGUGUGUUUCUUGGUGCUGUUCGCUGUGAAUGGACUACAAGCUGGACGAGCGAGUGACUAUGAGUGGAAGUCAUCCUCAUCUCCCUCUUCUUCUUCUUCUUCUUCUUCUUCUUCUUCUUCUUCUUCUUCUUCUUCUUCUUCUUCUUCUUCCUCCUCCUCCACAGAGAGUGGAAUAGGCGAGCAACUGCCCGGCAAAGUCGAAGACGGGAAAAACGGAGCUGGCACAGGAGGACUAUUAAAAGAAUUUGUCGGACUAAGUUGGACGUCGAGCAGCUCUACAGAAGAGUACCUGGAACCUAAAACAGGACUUGAAGAUCGGAUCCAGCAAUUCUUUGCGCCUGUCCUGCAUGAUAACCUGACGGCGCCGUAUGUAGCGCCCGACGGGAAAGUGUUUGAAUUGAAGAAGGAUGAUGGUGGGGAGGUGGUUUGGACGGAGAAAUUGGGGAAGAAGAUCCUAAUCAUCGAUAUCGAUACCCGCGUCCCUUCCGGCCCGAACCAGAUCCUAGAUGACAAGCGUGUAGACUACGAUAGGAAUGAGUUCAAAAACGGAGGAGAUUUGGUCAGUAACUCUGUGUUUGAUCACUAUCUCUACGCCCAAAUUCACAACUACACCUACAAGUUCUAUCAAGCCCAGCCCCUCGACGGCCUCCACAAUACAUGGAUCCUCCCGCCCACACUCCUGUCCUUCCUGGCCUCCCACAACUACACCCACAUCGUAACCAUGGACGCAGACGUUAGCAUAACUCACCCCGAACUCCCCCUGGAAUGGCUCUUCAACCGCUGGGGGAUCACGCGCCGCACUUCCAUCGCCAUGCCCUGGGAUACCGAGGAAACGCACGGUGACGCGUUGGUGUCGACAGACAGCAAAGGACUUCAAGUCCUCAACACCGGAUUAGUGGUUGUUCAAGAUUUAGAGUAUACGCGGGAGAUGAUGGAAGCGUGGCGGGAUUGUCCGAAUGACGAACGCUGGCAAGGAUGUAGUAGGUGGAAGGAGGAAUGGAGUCAUGAACAGAGGGCUUUUAGCGAGUUUGUGAGGUACGAGUUCAAUCCUGAGGGGGAUAACAUUGUUGCCAUUCCAUGCGACGAUGCAAUGUCGUUUCCCGGAAUGAAGGCGCAGUAUGAAGGACGCAUUGUGUCGGAUUGCAAUGGAACUUUCUUUCGACAUCAUACGUUGAAUAAGGAGAGGACGAAGGGGAGUGUUGCUGCAUCAGUUAUGCAAGUUCUGUUCGGGAUGGUGCAGGAUGAGAUCAAGGAGAAUAAAGAUGAUAUCUGGAUCGUGGAGGAGAAAAAAGAGCGUGGUGAUACAUAG